AUGAUCGCUAAACUAAUCACACUCAUUUGUCUGUGCGCCCCUGCAGUGGGAGCACUAGUCAUGGAGAGACCCUACAGGCUGGUGGCCAGCGGCGGCGAGAUCAGGCUUCGUUGCCCAUACCUCGGACGGGGGACGCCAGACGAGGUGCGCAUCUCCCUCCACCGCGGCGCCGACGGUGCCGAUAGCGCCCAGGCGGUGUGCACCUCCACCUUCAACCACACUCAGUCCCUCCUGCAGACAGGGGGCGCCGUCCAGUGCAGGGGACACAUGGGCCCAGACGGGGUGGAGCUCACUGUCUCCGGGCUGAGGGGCACCGACACUGACCUCUACCGCUGCAUGGUGGAGGUCUUAUACCCGCCCCCAUACCUGGUCAGCUCGGGAAAGGGCAUCCUCUUCUAUGUCCCAGAGGAACCAGACUGCCCCUCACCUGCAGCCCAGGCUCAGAGCAACCCAGAGAGCUCCUUCAUCAUCUUACCUACAGCAGUGUUAGCUUGCUUCUUUAUCCUCAUCAUCGUCAUCAUCACGGUCACCUAUAAGCUCUUCAGGGUGAGAAGCAGGAGGAGGGAGUACCCUGGCUUAGAUCCUGUGAUCUCGAAGAGGGUGGACUGCCGAUUUGGCUAUGAGAAUUUCCUGUGA